CAGAGCGGAGGCUGAGGAUAUUUGUUGCUGCGCCGCCACCGCCCGAGCCAUGGUCCGCGAUUCACUCCGGCUCUCUUAGCAGCAGCAGCCGCCACUGCCGCCGCCCUGUGAUCUGUGGCCUCACUAGCUCCUUCUACUCCUGCAGAGCCACUUUUCCGCUUAGCGCUAUGACCGUCGUUUCUGUCCCACAGCGGGAGCCGCUUGUUCUAGGCGGCCGCCUUGCGUCCAUGGGCUUUUCCACCCGCGGUUACUUCGGCGCCCUCCCGAUGGUUACCACUGCUCCGCCGCCUUUACCCCGGAUCCCGGACCCCCGGGCGCUACCUCCCACUCUCUUCCUCCCUCACUUCUUAGGGGGAGACGGUCCCUGUCUGACCCCCCAGCCUCGCGCCCCGGCACCUCUUCCCAACUGCAGCCUCGCCGCGGCGGGAGGCACCCCUCGGGCGGCACCAAAGAAGCGACGAAAGAAGAAGGUGCGGACCAGCCCGUCGGGGCAGCUCCCCAGCCGCUUCCACCAGUACCAGCAGCACCGGCCGAGCCUGGAGGGCGGGCGGAGUCCCGCGACGGGCCAUGGCGGAGCGCAGCAAGUCCCGGACCAGGCCCAGGCCGCCGCCUGGGUCCCAGCUCCUACGACCGCCACCCGAACUGAGGAAGCGAGCCCUUUACUUGGCCCGCUGCCGCCUGCGGCGCCCGGCCAACCCUCGUUCAGAAGAGAGGUUUUAAAAUCAAAGAUGGGAAAAUCGGAGAAAAUUGCCAUUCCCCACGGCCAGCUUGUUCAUGGUAUACCCUUGUGUGAACAACCAAAGAUAAACAGACAGAAAAACAAAUAUAACUUACCACUAACCAAGAUCACCUCUGCAAAACGAAAUGAAAAUAACUUUUGGCAGGAUUCUGUUUCAUCUGAUAUAAUUCAGAAGCAGGAAAAAAAGCCUUUUAAAAAUACUGAGAAUAUUAAAAAUAAGCAUUUGAAGAAAUCAUCAUUUCUAACUGAAGUGAGCCAAAAGGAGAAUUAUGCUGGGGCAAAGUUUAGUGAUCCACCAUCUCCUAGUGUUCUUCCAAAGCCUCCUAGUCACUGGAUGGGAACCACCAUCGAGAAUUCCAACCAAAAUAGGGAGUUGAUGGCAGUACACUUAAAAACUCUCCUAAAAGUUCAGACUUAGAUCUCAGUAUGUAUGUAAAACGUAGUUUUUCCAAAAUCCCUGGACUCCUUGAAAAGAAGUGGUACAGAAACGGAAAAUUGCCUUGUAACAUACAAGGGCAGAAGAUGAGUUUAAAAAAUUACAAACAGCUUGUAUUAUAUUUUAUAUUUUGUAAAUACUGUAUACCAUGUAUUAUGUGUAUAUUGUUCAUAUUUGAGAGGUACAUUAUAGUUUUGUUAUGAAAGUAUGUAUUUUGCCCUGCCCAAAUGGUAGGUGUUUUGUAUAUAUACAGUGGAGAAAUUUUAAGUGUGCUAAGGCACAUAUAAGACCGAUUUAUUUGCACAAGGUACUGAGAUUUUUUUUUUUUCAAGAAACAGCUGUUGAAUCUCAAGGUGAAGAUCUCAAUGUGAACAGUUUACUAAUGCACUACUGAAGUUAAAUCUGUGGCACAAUCAUUGUAAACAUAGGGUUUGUCUAUGUUUCUCUAAAUUGAUUUCUGCCUUCUAAUCUGUAAUUACUGGAAAACUUCUAUCCCCAUUUUUACCAAACUUAAUUUCUGGUUUUUUGGUUUAUAUCCAUUCAAAUUUAAAAUUUUAAUGCCAACAAAAUCGGUUGUAAUCAAAUUUUAAAACAAUAAUAAUAAUUUGGCCCCCCCCCUUUUAA